CCCAUCCCACCACGCCAAUGUUCGACCUUCCCCAGGCCAAGCGCGUCCGUCGCGAUGAGCUCUACUCGCCUGCUACCUCUCCGCGCUCCUCUCCCGAUCCCGCCUUGACCGAGCUCCUGCGCAGUCAUGCCCAAGACAUUUCCUUCACGACCGUCCAGAUAGCGAGCAAACCGGAAGCAGCUCUGGACCGCCAAAAUGCAGCUGACGAAGAAGACGAGGAAGAGGAACUCGAAUUCCGCCUCUUCGCGCCCACCGCACCCCAUGAGUCCACAGAUGCGCCAACGCAACGGAUCAGGAUAGAUUCUCCAGACCGAACCGGAAAAGAGGGGUUCGUCAUCCCCGAAAGGCCGCCAGAGUAUUACUUCGUAGCCGAAGCGGACGAGGCACGGCGAGCGCAACUGAAUGCGACGGCGAUUAGCGGAGAAGAAGUGCUGGAGCGGGCGAAAACAAAGUGGCCUGGGUGCGAGAUGCCGUGGCGCGUUACGGAGAUAUCUUUGAAGGGGAUGGCAAAGGAUCUAGUCGCUGGGCAUAUGGAUGUUGUAGUUGGGCUUGAGGGGCAGAGGCAGAAGAGGCCGGGAAAGAAGGCGAGGAUUAAGACGAGGGGGAAGGCGAAGGAGGAGCGAUUGAAGAGAGAAACGGCUGAGAAACUUGCAAAGGAUAAGGAGAUGGCGGAAAAAGAGAAGAAGGCAAGGAGGAAUAGGCAGAAGCAGCUCAAGAAGAGGGCCAAGAAUAGGGCCAAGAAGGCGGGAGAUGGAGAUGCGGCUGGUAUCGUGGAUGAGGGAGUGGAUUCUGGAGAAGAGUCAUGAAGGGCUUUGCAAUUGCAUUAAUGUAGCAAGAUCACGCAUUCAUCCCGUUCAAUCCAUGACUGGAUUAAGGAUGGUAAGAAACUUUCAUUGCUGCAGCUUGCCAGAUCUACAGUGUAAGGACAAAACAACGAGCCACAGGUCCGAUCUGCAUACACCGCUCUGAGACUGAGGUGGUCCGGUACGUUUUCCGGUCUGUCAAAACGCUAGAUUUGUGAUCUCUUUUCCACUACCAUGGGUUCUUCAAAGCACUUCAACCCG